AAACAUAGGUGAAAACUAUGGACAAAAUGUAGGAUUUUGUAAGUACUUUGGUACCGGCGCUGUCUAAACACUCUUUCUUAAGGGUCCUGAUCUCGAAGGUCGCCGCCUUGUUUGCAACAUGUCAACGUCCACGAGAAUACAAGUGCUGUCCCUGUACCGCUUGUUAUUGAAAGAAAGCAAGAAAUUCCCUUCAUACAACUACAGGACCUAUGCGUUGCGGCGGGUGAGAGAUGCCUUCAGAGAGAACCAGAAGGUAGAAGACCCCAGAGCUGUGGAUGAACUGCUGCACAACGCACAAAACACUCUGGCUGUCAUACAGAGACAAGUGAGGACACACACAUGCACAUGGAUGGACACACACACACACACUCCAGGGGGUAACUUGUAGAUGAACACCUGUUUA